AAAACGCAUCGUUUGCUUCAAUCUCUUUUCUUCCCUGGUGGUUCUCUGUGCUUCCUUCUCUUCGCUCCUGUGCCUCCCCAUUCUCCACAUUAUAUUUGCUUAUUUAUUAUUAUAUAUCCUGAAAAAUUGAAGAGAAACGUGUAGCACAGUACUCCUAAAUCUAACUUCGCAUUAUGGCGCGUGAUUCGCAAUGCAUUCUGCAGAAUUUUGAGUUAGGCACUGCUUUCUUUCGAAUUUGAAUCUAAGAGAGGAAUGUGUGAUGAAUUCUCUGGAGGGUCAGGGUUUCAGAGGUGUAGAUAGGAGUUUUGGAGACUGGUUCUCUGGCUGAAUCUGUCACUCAUUCGAAUAUGGCUUUGCAGAAGUAUGUACCUUCUGCUGAUGCACCAUCUGUUAAUAUGAAGCAUUUGAGCUUUUCCAGUAAGGUGCCUAAGAAAGCUCAGCUUGAAGUGGCAAAUCAGAAUCAUGACAUGGAUGUGGAUGUUGACCUUAAGGAAGUUUAUUUUCUCAUUAUGCACUUUCUUUCUGCUGGGCCAUGUCAUAAAACUUAUUUACAGUUCUGGAAUGAGCUUCUUGAGCAUCAACUUUUGCCUAGAAGGUAUCAUGCUUGGUAUUCAAGGACUGGGGCACAUAGUGGAGAUGAAGAUGAUGAUGGUCUAUCAUUCCCUUUAAAUUACAAUAUGUUAGUGGAGAGGUAUCCACAUAUUGAAAAGGAUCACUUGGUAAAGCUUUUGAAGCAAUUGUUAUUAAAUACAGCCUCCCCAUCGCUGGGUAUGAGUUCUGGAAAUGCUCCAAAUGCAGCUGAUGUACCUACUCUUCUAGGAAGGGCUUCAUUUUCACUUUUGAGCCAUGAUAGGGAGAAAAUGAAUCCAGAAAUCAAACGACCACCUCCUCAUUUGCGUUGGCCUCAUAUGAAAGCCAAUCAGGUUCAUGGGCUUAAUUUGAGGGAAAUUGGGGGUGGUUUCCCAAGACACCACCGUGCACCAUCCAUACGUGCUGCAUGUUAUGCCAUUGCAAAACCUUCUACCAUGGUUCAAAAGAUGCAAAAUAUCAAGAGGUUAAGAGGACACCGUAAUGCUGUCUAUUGUGCUAUAUUUGAUCGGUCAGGAAGAUAUGUGAUUACUGGUUCAGAUGACCGGCUUGUAAAAGUUUGGUCUAUGGAAACUGCAUAUUGUUUGGCCAGUUGCCGUGGACACGACGGUGACAUCACUGACUUGGCUGUGAGUUCUAACAACGCUUUAGUUGCAUCUUCAUCAAAUGACUGUGUCAUUCGAGUUUGGCGCUUGCCAGAUGGCUUACCAAUAUCAGUUUUGCGAGGACAUACUGGAGCUGUUACAGCAAUAGCAUUUAGUCCCAGACCUAAUGCUGUAUACCAACUUCUAUCUUCCUCUGACGAUGGAACUUGUAGGAUAUGGGAUGCAAGGCAUACCCAGUCAAGUCCAAGAUUAUAUGUUCCAAGACCUUCUGAUUAUGUAAUUGGGAGGAGCAGUGGCCCAUCUUCAAGUACUAUGUCACAAAGCCAUCAAAUUUUUUGCUGUGCAUUUAAUGCUAAUGGAACUGUCUUUGUAACUGGUAGCUCUGAUAAUCUUGCCAGGGUGUGGAAUGCUUGUAAACUUAGUAUGGAUGACAAUGACCAACCAAAUCAUGAGAUAGAUGUGCUUUCUGGGCAUGAAAAUGAUGUGAAUUAUGUGCAAUUCAGUGGAUGUGCAGUAGCAUCUCGGUUUUCCACAGCAGAAACUUGGAAGGAAGAUAAUAUCCCCAAGUUUAAGAAUUCUUGGUUGAAUCAUGACAACAUAGUUACUUGCUCUCGUGAUGGGAGUGCUAUUAUAUGGAUUCCCAAAUCUCGCAGGUCACAUGGAAAAAGUGGUCGCUGGACACGAGCAUAUCAUCUGAGAGUUCCACCUCCUCCCAUGCCUCCUCAACCUCAGAGAGGUGGUCCUCGUCAAAGAAUUUUACCAACUCCACGUGGUGUAAAUAUGAUUGUUUGGAGCCUUGACAACCGCUUUGUCCUUGCAGCUAUAAUGGAUUGCAGAAUUUGUGUUUGGAAUGCUUCUGAUGGCAGCUUAGUACACUCAUUGACUGGACAUACUGAAUCUACAUAUGUUCUGGAUGUUCAUCCUUUCAAUCCCCGGAUAGCUAUGAGUGCUGGAUAUGAUGGAAGAACUAUCGUGUGGGAUAUUUGGGAAGGCAUGCCUAUCCGGAUAUAUGAGAUAUCACGUUUCAAGUUGGUGGAUGGAAAGUUUUCUCCGGAUGGGACAUCAAUUAUACUUUCGGAUGACGUUGGCCAACUAUAUAUAUUAAGCACAGGUCAAGGUGAGUCCCAAAAAGAUGCCAAAUAUGAUCAGUUCUUUCUUGGUGAUUAUCGACCUCUCAUUCAAGACACCAAUGGUAAUGUACUAGACCAGGAAACCCAAAUUGUACCAUAUCGACGGAAUCUGCAAGAUUUGCUCUGUGAUUCAGCAAUGAUACCAUACCCUGAACCUUAUCAGAGUGAAUUUCAGCAAAGACGAUUAGGAGCUUUAGGCCUUGAGUGGCGCCCAUCUUCACUAAGGCUUGCUGUUGGUCCUGAUUUCAGUCUGGACCCAGAUUAUCAUAUGCUUCCAUUGGCAGACUUGGAUGUGCUUACAGAACCACUGCCAGAGUUUACAGAUGCCAUGGAAUGGGAACCUGAAAUUGAAGUGUUCAGUGAUGAUACAGAUUCAGAGUAUAAUGUCACUGAAGAUUGCUCUUCUAGGGGUGAGAAAGGAUGUUCAAGCUCCAAUGUCUCUGGAGAUUCAGGGUGCAGCGUGGAUAACAGUGAAGGGGAUGACACUCACACAGAUAGCAUACGUAGAUCAAAAAGGAAAAAACAGAAGACUGAAACCGAGAUCAUGACUUCUUCUGGGAGACGUGUGAAAAGGAGGAAUUUGGAUGAGUGUGAUGGCAAUACUUUCGGCAGUAACCGAAAUAGGAAGGGAAAAGGUGGCCAGAAAAUAAGGAGGAGGAAAUCUUCUAAAUCAAAAUCUUCCAGACCUCAAAGAGCUGCUGCACGCAAUGCUCUACAUUUAUUUUCUAAAAUUACAGGUACACCAACAGAUGGAGAAGAGGAUAGUAUGGUUGGUGAUUUUUCAGAUAGUGAAUCGCAAGAGUCUAAUAUUGACAGUGAUGAAUCUGGCAGAACUUUAGAGAAUGACCAACCAAAUUAUUCUAAGGGAAAAGAAGUAUCAUUGUAUGAAUCAGAGGACACAGAGUCUCAUGAGUUAACUGAGACUCAUGUGAAUUCAAUGAACAAAAGGAGAUUGGUUCUCAAGUUACCAAUUCGUGAUUCGUCUAAAUCCACAAAUGAGUUUGAUUACCAGGCUGAGUUGGUUGGAUCAUCAUCCAACUUAGUAGGAUCAUCAUCCAAAACUGCACAAGAAGCUACUGAUUUUGAUACGAGCAGACCAAGUUCUAAAGAUUCGGGGUAUUAUUCUGGUAGUUCAAGUUACCAUACAAUUGAAAGAAUGCAUCAAGUAAAACUAGAUCAGCCAGAAGACCAUGUAGACAUACUUGGGAAAAUUAGAUGGGGAAUGGUUAGGGCUCGUUCAUCAAAACCUCUGAGAGUGGGAGAAGCUAUGCUACCAAACACAAAUCCCAAUUCUGUAAAGUGUCCAAAUCAUCUAAAUGAAAAAGAAAAUGGUAGUACGGAGAAAAAGGACAAGGAUUUCAGUACAUCAACCUUUGCUUUAGCAAUCCAAAAUGAUAAUAAUAAGGUAGAUAGUUUGACAGAAGAAAUUAAUGAAAAUUGUGCCGGUACAAUUUCACAGACUUUUAAUCCUACAGAGAAUGAAGAGAUCACAGCUUCCGGGAAUUGCAGGGACAAAGAUGAAUCACUAAUUUGUGCUUACAUGAUUCCUCAUGAUACUGUUCCUGCUUCCAUCAGCUAUAGUGGGGUUGACCAAUUGCCUAAACCAAAUAUUGGUUUUCCUUCUGUUUCAACAAAGCUAAGGUCUAAAAGGGGUUGUAGGGAUCCUGAAAGUCCUUCCAAGCAUGAAACCAGAUCUUCAGUGCUAAAGAAUAAUGUAUGUAGCACAAAUGGUUAUGUUAAUUUGAACAAUGAACAGCAUGAGGUUGUGGUUGAGGAUGAUGACAACACUAGGGUAACAGCUAAUCAGGGAGAAAACGGAUCUCAAGAAAUAGGUCCUCAGAUUAAGCAAAAUAGUACUUCACAUGAUUUGCCAGAGCCACAUUCACAUAGAGAUAGAAUGUAUAAAGCUGUUUACAGAAGAUCAAGAUCACAUAGGGCUGUGACUAAUUUAGCUGAUGGUAGUGACAUGGGAAAAUCUACUUCAAAUGGGGGCAACAAUAAUUUCAAUGCAGCGGCAGAUUUCAGUAAUGGCACAAAUGAGGCCAUUCAUACCAAUCGAUCCUUAGAGCUGGAACCAACUACUUGUGACCCAAAUAAUGAGCGGAAUAAUCUCAAAGUGCAGCAAGGACAUGGAAACCGUAUAGUUAGAAGUCCACAGGAUGUAUCCACAAAUGGAGGACAGUUCACAGAAGAAGAAAGGGGUUCUUGUUCAAAAUUGACUGUUGGUUUGAGGUCUACUAGGAGUCGGAGAUCUAGUUAUAAUAUUCGUGAGACUAGUCCUGUAAAUAGAAGGAAAUCACAGCAAUCAGCUAGCAAAGGUUCAUGGUUGCUGUUAUCGACCCAUGAGGAAGGAUGCAGAUUUAUUCCACAACAGGGAGAUGAAGUUGUAUAUUUGAGACAGGGGCACCAGGAGUAUAUAGAUUAUUGCCGUAGAAGAGAAUCAGGGCCUUGGGCAUCACCAAAGGAACAUAUAAGAGCUGUAGAAUAUUGUAGAGUUCAAAGCCUAGAGUAUUCCCAUGUUCCAGGGUCUGGUGAUAGCUGCUGCAAAAUGACACUUGAGUUUGUAGAUCCUAAUUCAAGUGUUGUUGGCAAAUCUUUUAAGUUAACCCUACCUGAAGUGACUAGUUUCCCAGAUUUUCUUGUUGAAAGAACUAGGUUUGAUGCUGCUAUGCAAAGAAAUUGGACACGCAGGGAUAAAUGCAGGGUUUGGUGGAAGAAUGAGGAUAAUUCCUCUGGUAAUUGGUGGGAUGGUCGAAUCCUGUGCGUGGAAGCCAAGUCUUCCGAAUUUCCAGAAAGUCCAUGGGAGAGGUAUACUGUUCGGUACAAGAGUGACCUCACUGAAACCCAUUUGCAUAGUCCUUGGGAGCUUUUUGAUGCUGAUACUGAAUGGGAACAACCUCAUAUUGAUGAUAAUAAGAGAAAUAAACUGCUAUCCGCUCUCACCAAAUUACAGCAGUCAGGCAACACAGUUCAGGAUCGUUAUGGGAUACAUGAAUUGAAGAAAAUUUCAAAUAAGUCUAAAUUUAUAAACAGGUUUCCUGUUCCUCUGUCUCUGGAAUUGAUACAAUCAAGGUUGGAGAAUAACUAUUACCGUAGUUUGGAGGCACUGAAGCAUGAUGUGACAGUUUUACUGUCUAAUGCCACCUCCUUUCUUGAAAAGGAUGCAGAGAUGUCAACAAAAAUCAAACGCCUAUCAGAAUGGUUCACACGGACAUUAUCAUCUUUAUAGUUCGUAGCUUUCUGGGAACCCUAAGUCCAGUACUAAGGGCCGAAGCAGCCCAGCUGGUUAUUUUCCCAAAUAUAUUUUUUGUAGAUAGAUUCUUUAUUGUACCUUGGUUUAGCUUUCUUCUUGUUCGUUGCAUUAGCUUCGGAGGUUAGAGAUAGGAAUAUCGGGAUAAAGUAGCAUUUUGCUGUGGAAAAUUUCUGCGGCUACAUUCAUUAUUUGUACAGAGACACCACAUUCAUAGCAAAUGCAUAAUUCGCAUUCAGAAUUUGUAGACCUUGUGUUCUGGUUGUGGUUGGGCUAAUUACAACCGAUGCUUUUCAAUUUUCACGAGUGUGAAGAAAAAAAAAUAUUGAAUGGCGUAUUAUUUAAACAUCUCUAUUACCAUGAGUAGUCAUUUACAAAGGUUUUUAUCAAUUAUCCUUAAAACGUCAACCAGAAUAUCUUAAAAUAUAUUUCUUAAAUAUAAUAUUUUGGUUUCAAGUGACCUGAUUAUGUGCAGCUAAAACGCCUCGGAUAGAAUUUUGGUAUACUUGAGGUUGAAGAGAGAGAGGAGACGGGGUUAAGAUUGGGGUUGGCUUCUCUACCUUUAUGGUUAUAAAAGUUACGUAGAAUGAAUUUGUGCUAUUGAAUUGAGCAAAUUCACUCACUGACUUUUUUCACCACAAAGUUAGAGGAUGUAAAUCCGUUUAGAUUUUGUUUGUAUGUUUAUAUUAGCAGCAUAUAUACUCGCUAUUGCCAUAAGGGUUUUAGUUGUAGAGAGUAUAGAUUUCUGAUAAAAAAAGAUUAAAUUAUUUAUGAUGUAUUUUUUAUUUUUUUUUGUGACUGAUAUUUUCAGAGACAAUUGAGAUUAACUUUCGGAUCAAGUCCUCUCCAGAGACAAUUGAGAUUAUAGAGAGUAUAGAUUUCUGAUAAAACACAUUCAAUUAUUUAUGAUGUAUUUUUAUUGUUUGUGACUGAUAUUUUCAGGGACAAUUGAGAUUAACUUUUGGUUCAAGUCCUCUCCAG